AUUAAUCCGUUCAUUAAUACAUGGUAGCCUUACUUGCCCCAGUGCUUCACCUCCAGUGAAAUGUACUUUGCCCCUCAGCAAGGAUUACUCCUGUGAGAAAAGAAAACCAUGUUUUACAAGGACAAGAUGUUUGUGUAGCGUCCUUAUAAUGUAAUUAGGCCUUCAGACCACCAGAGCUUUUAAAACAGUUCGUUGAGGAUUUCUUCAUCUUUCUUGUCGGAUAUGUCUGGAUUUCAAAUUAUUGCAUUGAUGUUUUGCAUUUGUGGAACCGGAGCAGCAAUUGGUGCAGUUGUUUCAAACGAAUGGAGAGUGACUAGCCGAGCCAGCUCUGUUAUCACGGCCACUUGGGUGUUCCAGGGCUUGUGGAUGAACUGUGCGGGAAAUGCUUUGGGCUCAUAUCACUGUCGACCUCACUUAACCAUCUUUCAUGUAGAAGGAUUUUUACAAGCCUGCAGAGCACUGAUGAUUAUAGCCAUAUGCUUGGGAUUCUUCGGCACAGUGUUUGGUUUUGUUGGCAUGAAAUGUACAAGAAUAGGAGGCUCUGAUCAAAUGAAAGCAAAAGUUGCCUUUUUGACUGGAAUACUAUUUAUGUUAUCAGGCAUAAGCUCGUUAGCUGGUUGCUCCCUGUAUGCACAUAAAACCACUGUGGAAUUCUUUGACCCUACACAUGUAACAGCAAAAUAUGAGCUCGGCACAGCACUGUUUAUCGGGUGGACUGGAUCUGUUCUCUGCUUGGUUGGAGGAUUAAUUUUUUGCUGCACUUCUUCAGCUCAACACAUUAUUUUAAGACCGGGAUUGUCCAGUAAGAUUUCCUAUAGCCAAGCUAAAGGGAUUACCAAACUGAAGGUGACCAGAGGAACCUCAGAGGAAUAUAACGCAAAGACCUUUGUCUGAAAUAUCUUAGUUGAACACAAAGAAACAGAAAAGAAGACUUGAUGCCUUUAUUCUACAAAUCUUAGAGUAUGCUAAGAGUGUAUCAAUACUUCCAUGAUGGGAACUCUUUUUUUGUUCUCUUUCUUACUUGUUCUGUAUUUCAGACUUUAGCCUUUCCUAUCAUUGCAGCUUAUUAGAUAUUGUACUUGUGACUCUAGCAAGUGACUAAAAUAGAGAAAAGGGGUAUUGACUGGAGACAAUGAUGUGAGUGGUGAGACUGAGGGAAGACAAAGAAAUCAGCACAAUUUUCUUUAAAAAUGUCAAAGUGGCACAUUUGGAGGAACUUGCAAGAGACAUGUUAGAUGGUUCUGUUUAUGCAACCUCCUGCCUGACAUACAUUUAUACCAAUAUUAUACAUGAGACUUGUCUGAGCCAAGCUCCUUAUUGCCGUAAAAUUUUUAUAAAACAGAAUAUAUUUAAAGAUUGUUUUCCACUCUUCUGGCACAGUUAUCAGAGUAUUCUGGUGCAUUUGCUUAGAAACCCCCCCCCCCCCCCCCCCCCCCCCCCAGCC